AUGGCGACGUCGGAGACGGCCGGUUGCUUGCGGACACUGGUAUCGGCCUCGAGGGCAUCGGAGGCCCCGAGGCCGGUCGUCAAGCGCCUGACCCUGCUGGUCAGCCACACCCUGUCCGCACGGGAAGCCGGGGAGAUGGAAGAGCUCGAGGAGCUGGUAGCGCCCGCUGGUGAAGAGCUUCUGCGCGAGCUCCUGGCAGAACCUGCUGGCGAGCCAGACGAGGAAGCCUGGCCGGUGCUGGCCCGGUUGCUCGCUCGGGCUGGCAAAGAGCUGACCGGAGAAAUCCUGGCGAGGAACUGGCCAGGUUCUCCAGCCGCCUGGGUGCGCGCCCUGCUCGAGGCCGCACGGAACACGCCCUGCCCAGCACUGGAGCUGCUGUGCCUUGCGCGGGGGGCGCGGGGUGCCGGCAGCGAGCGUCGGCUGCUCCCGGAGGGCGCCGUCAGCGCAACAGAGCUGCACGAGAACGCGGUCAUCACCGGCCUGGUGCUGAGGGGCCUUGAGGGACCUCCCAGUGAUUGCCUUGAGGAGGGCGCCCUGGAGGUGAUCUGGGAACUCCUCCUUGCUGCAAGCCUUACGGCCGAGCAGACGGUGGUUUCGGGUGCGGCCCAGGCUUGGGCGCUGCUCCAGCGAGCCGCAGAUGCCACGAAGCUCCGCUUCCUUGACCUCGCGCUCAAGGAGGCGGCCUCUGAAGGAGGCCUCUGGCGCAUCUCGAGCCAAGAAGAAGGUGAAGCCCUGCUGCCACUGUCGGCGCACCUCGCGGCACUCAGCCCGCUUCGGCACCUGCUGGCGGCGCUAUGGACAGACUCCACCAGGUCUGAGGCUCUUGGCGCACCCGGGUUUUUGAGCUGGGCCCUCGGAGACGAGGCGCCGAACGGAACCCUGGGCUGGGGCCACGCGGCGGCCACAGUGGUGAAGCAAAGCGCAGGCGUCGGCAUCCUCGAGGGCCCGGCGCUGCUUGGAGCCCUCGCCAGGUGCCGAGCGUGGAUCCGAGACUCGCCGAUCUCGGGCGAUGCGGCGAUUACCGAGCAGCACCUGGUCUUUGCCACAGCUCUCGAGGAGGCAGCCCAAGCCCACGCCGCUUGCGCCGGACCGGUGCCGAAGAGAACGGAGGCGGAGAAGCAUGAGAAGCUGAGCAGCGCUGGUCCGGUGAUUUCGGAGGUGCCUGAGCCAGAGGGCGGCGCGAGUGUGUCACAAAGCGAACCCUCGGUCUUGGAAGACCUGGACACCAGUUUGGUCGAGAGUAUCGAGAAGCUGCUUCGCUGGUCUCAGGCGCGCGCAUCCCGGGCCGAUUGCUUUGCUGCCUACACGGCUGCCUUGUGGCCCACCGUUUCUACUGCCGUUGCAACAGCGGACAGCACGGCUGGCCGUCUGGCCUCACGCAUGGUGCGCCUGGUCCUGGAGACAUUGGGUGGCUCGGUGAGCGUGCUGGUCGCUGGUCCCAGCAAGGCCCCAACAGCGCCCGGAGUCUGGCGGCUGGUUGCAGCACUGUGCAAGACAGGGCAGUGGCCCGAAGCCAACUGGCCUGCUGUGCUUCAGGCCACGGCGAAGGCGAGCAAGUGGCUCCUGACAGCUCACGAGGCCAGCGCCAACCCAGUGUCGGACGCCUUCAUCGACGAUGCCUGCGCCGCAGCUGCAGCGCUACUGCCCUGGGUUCCUUCAGCGCUGGCACCAAGUCUGGCGCCACUGCUGUCAGCGCCCGACUCGCAGCUCCGCGGGGCCGCGUCCCAGAGGCUGCAGGCGCACCGUUGGGUGCCCGGCCGUGCGGAGCUGUGCAGUGAAGAGGGCAAGGAGGACAGCCUUCCAGAGUGCCCUGACAAGGGCCAAGAUGAGAGCUGGCCGGCGCCGCGAGCUUUAGUGAGCCUGAAGGCACUCCUAGAGGCCGACACGCAGCCAACAGAGGCGAGUGGGGAAGCCGCCCAAGGCAGCCUCCCUUCGUGUGGCGACGUGGCCUACGUGGUGGUGGGCGCUGUGUUUGGCCGUGAGCUCACCGAUGGGGCCUGGGCAGUGGAGGACGCGCUGAGUGCCGUGGCCGCCUGGGAGGUGAGCGGGGACUCGGAUGACUCCGGCGGGGAGUCCGCGGAACCUGGCACUUUGGAGCAAGGUCAAGUGCUAGUCCCACAACGUAGUCUUGCGCUACAGCGAAUGCUGAAGACCUCCAGCACAGCUGGCAAGGCUACGGCCGGCACUUCCGAGCCGCUGGCAGUGAGCGAGGACUUGUACACAGACCCGGCCACGCCAGCUAGCAGCGUCUCGCCGUUCGAGUCGUUGGACAUGCUCACGGGCACGGCGGGGUGCCUGGCUCUCCUCGGAGCAGCUGCCUCUGCCCCCAGAGGUCGAGCACGCUUGUGCUGCUUCGCUGGCCGCGUGGGAGACGCUUUUGAAAGGUAUCGACAAAGCCCUCCAGGAGAAGGACUGCUGGAGCCAUCCGCCCGGUGGCACGGGGAAGGAGGGCCCGACUCCUGCCGAGCUCCUGGCGACGGUGCUCCAGUUGGGGCCUAA